AUGCUCGCCGGCGAGAUCGGCCCUCUGGCCUCCGGGAGAUUAGCAUCGUGGCCUGCGGGUCGACUUGGCUCUGCCGCCUUUCGCAUCGACGUGACGAAAAUCGACGGCCUUGCGACUCGGGCACGGUGUGAGGAAAAGGACCGCACGGCGUGCUGGAAGUUAUCUCGCGGCGCGGCAGGACGGGGCAUCACGGCGCGGGAGCUGGCUGUGUCGCGGCGUGGGAAGGCCUUCACGGCGUCUGCUGCUCUUGCCGGAAAAUCUGAGUGCAUCGCCGGUCGGAGGCUGAACCUGAAAGCUCAGGCUCGCGUCGCCGGCGAGGUGAAUAGAGCUCGAGGUUGUGGGCGAGAGAUCGCCGGAGUUCGGGGUCUGCUCGCGGAGGUUAGCUCGCGGCUGGCUUCACGUCAUGGUGGCUCGGCACUGGGGUUCUGCAGGCGCGAGGAGUUGCGCGAUUGUGAGAAGUGGCCUGCUCCGGGUGGCGACGAGACAGCAACUCGCGGUGGUGAUGGCGACGGAAAGGAUUCAAGGGAUAGGUGA